AUGCUCUUGAUGUUCAGUGUGAUUCCGGUUACUGGUGAUGUUAGAUAUACCAAGCACCAAUGUGAGAUCAUUUUUAGAACUGCAACAAUGGUCUGUGACAUCGACCCAAAAUCUAAUAGAAUUUUCGUGGAUGCUCCGUGCAUUUCAGAUAUUCAGAAUUUUAUGGUUGAAGAAGACGUCUUGACAGAUAUAAUCGGAUUUGUUGCUUCCGUUGGAUAUCUGAGGAAAAAUGAGGAUGGUUAUCGGACGCUGAAGUUCAAUCUUAUCGAUGAAAAGUGA